AUGGAGCAUGUUCAAGCUGUUAUUGAUCCUGGAAAGAAAUUUGCAAAAGAUUCAAUUCGACUAGUUAAAAAAUGCACAAAACCGGAUCGAAAAGAAUAUCAAAAAAUAGCAUUUGCUACAGCAAUUGGGUUUGCAAUUAUGGGAUUUAUUGGUUUUUUUGUAAAGCUUAUACAUAUUCCAAUCAAUAAUAUUAUUGUUGGGGGAGGCUAAUUUUGUGACAAGAAAAUGAAGGAAGAAAUUUUUAAAAAAGAUUUUAUUUUUUUCUUUUCUUUUUCUCGAUUUGUGGUGACUUUUCUCUAAAAUUUAAUUUUUUUGGUUGUCUUUUUUAAAAAAGUAAAAAUCUUUAAAAAGCUUAUUUUUUGCUAUUUAAAUUAGCAAUUUUUAUGCGCAAUUUUAAGGAUAAAUGAAUGGUAAAAAUUGUAAUCUUGAGGAGGGGAGUGCUUUUAUAUUUUUAGGUAUUUCUGGCAAAAGAAAAUCGGGAAAAGCUUAUUUCUAAUAAAAAAUUUAAUUUUUGGAUUAUGUAACUCGUCAAUUGGUUAAUUUACUCAACAAACAAUUUCCUUCAAUAAUUACUUCAAUUUGCACAUUAAGCGAGCCUUUAAAGAAAGAAUAUGCUAAAAUUAAUAAUUUAAAUUUUAAUGAUUUAAUGAGUGAUGGAAAGGCUAAAGAAUUGGUUAGGAAAGAAAUGAUUGAAUUUGGAGAAAAAUUGAGAAGAGAAGAUUUUGGAAUAUUUUGUAGAAAAGCUUUUAUUGAAAGAAAAAUUCAAAAUUUACCUCUAACACUACCAACAAAUCCUUCAACAACAAAUAAAUUUAAAGAAAUAAUUUUAAUUUCUGAUUGUCGUAGACCUAC